AUGCGGUACAUUUACUCCGAGGAACGGCUGCCCAUCCCCGAGAAUGUGAAGGUUCACAUUCGCUCGCGCAUUGUGACCGUUGAGGGACCCCGAGGCAAGCUCGUCAAGGACCUCUCCCACAUUGCUGUCACCUUCGGCCGCCCCGAGAAGAAUGUCAUCUCCAUUGAGAUGCACCACGGUGUCCGCAAGGGAAUGGCUUCCCUUCGUACCGUCCGCACCCUCAUCAACAACCUGAUCAUCGGUGUCACCAAGGGCUUCAAGUACAAGAUGCGCUACGUCUACGCUCACUUUCCCAUCAACGUCAACAUUGAGAAGAACCCCGAGACCGGUCUGCACGACGUUGAGAUCAGAAACUUCUUGGGUGAGAAGUACGUCCGCCGUGUGACCGCCCAGCCUGGCGUUGAGGUCAUCACCUCUCCCAACGUCAAGGAUGAGCUCGUCCUCUCCGGUAACUCCCUGGAGGGUGUCUCCCAGAGUGCUGCCGACAUCCAGCAGAUCUGCCGUGUCCGCAACAAGGAUAUCCGUAAGUUCCUUGACGGUCUGUACGUGUCGGAGCGUGGUAACAUUGUCGAGGAGUAA